UUGAGCUUUUUUCUUGCCAGUUGUCGAUUUUUGUUUUGACAAAACUUGAACAUGGAAUCAAUCGAUAAUGAUAAUGGUUGUACGCCUUCUUCAAAAGGACCAAAGCCAAUGAUGAAUGAAGCUAUGAAAGCACAUAAUCAAACUUAUAUUCAGUGCGAAACACCAGAGCCAAAUCUGCAUACUUCUUUAGUAAAGAAAGGCAGGAAUGCACGUCGCAUCUUUGUUAGCAAUUUACCUGAUUGUGUAAAUAUGUUUAAAUUAAAAUUUUUCAUCAAUAAACAAAUGCAUUUGGGUGGUCUGUCAAAAGAAAUUGGAAAUUCUGUAAUCAGUUGUUACAUAAACUGCAGAAGGAAGUUUGCCUUUCUAAUCUUCCGAUCUGUCGAGGAAGCUGAAUCGUCUUUAGACCUCGAUGGCGUAGUCUAUGAAGGUAAAAUUUUAAAAAUAUGUAGACCACGCAGUUAUCGUUUACCACCAGGCGAGAUUUCUACUACGCCAAUUGUAGCUCCAUUGGUUAUUAGUGGCCUGACAUCAACUUUAGUACCCGAUUCAGAACAUAAAAUAUUUUUUGGAGGUCUAAUAGUUAAUGCAAAUAACGAAGAGGUAUGUCACCCUCGUCGUUUUGUGCACUAAACAUUUUUGAAGUAACUCUAAAGGAAAUCAUAGUGAAUAACACGGAAUUCGGUCCGGUCGGCACUUUUGAAACUUUUCAGGGCAAUUUAUCUAUAAAAUAUUUAAAAAUUAUUUUUUUACAAUGCGUAAUAAGGUAGUACUUAUUACGCAUUAUUACUGGU